UCACCUGAUUUGUUGGAUAGUUUUUUUUUUUUAUUAGAAAAAAGAAGGCCUGACAGAGUCAUCUGGCAGUAUUGGAUAAAGUUGUUUUAAAUCACAGGUAGUGCCACCUUGCGCCGGCCAUUAGAAACAAAUCAGCUUCGAUCACUUGUCCAUGGAUGGCGCUAAAAUCUAUUUCUUCUCGCUUCAAACCAGGCAGCAUUCACAUCUCAAUUAUUCAAAAUUGUGAUUUAAUAUUUAAUAUUUUUAAAGAUGCCACUAUUAAGACAUCUUUUAGAUUUGCAGUUAGCUGCGUUCUGGAUUUUCUAUAAUUCGUAUAACAUAUCCUACAUGGAAAUCGGAACGUUUCAAACUUCAAAGGGGAAAUAUUUUUUGAGGAAUAACUUUUAUCAAUCGAUUCGUCCUUUUAUUUGCUUUUCUCGGAAAAAGUAAAAGGGAUAUAUGCUAUGUUAUCAUGAUGACGUAAGCAAGCCUCCUCCUCCUUUUCAAAUCGAUUUUCUGACGUCACUGAAGAACAUCUAUGUAACAGAAGUGUCUAAUUUUGCAACCAUUUAUAAAGAAUGUCGAAGUCAGGGAGCAUCAAAGAUGACGAGAAGGGGCCCUAUGAUCCGGUCCCUACCACCGAAAAGGCCAACGACGAGAUCAAGCUGGAGGCGAAAAUGUCACUUCUCAAUGGCGUUACCGUUAUCGUCGGCUCUAUCAUUGGUUCCGGCAUUUUCGUCAGUCCUACGGGCGUUCUCAAGUAUACCGGAAGCGUGAACGCAAGUCUUCUAGUUUGGACGGCUUCCGGAAUUUACUCCAUGAUAGGGGCUUACUGCUACGCCGAGCUCGGCUGCAUGAUUAAGAAAUCGGGGGCGGAUUACGCGUAUAUUAUGGAGACCUUCGGACCCUUCUUGGCGUUCGUCAGGCUGUGGAUCGAGUGCAUGAUAGUGCGUCCAUGCAGCCAGGCCAUUGUGGCCUUGACUUUCAGCAUCUAUGUUCUCAAGCCGCUUUUCCCGGACUGCAUGCCGCCCGACGAGCCCGUGAGAAUACUCGCCGUCUGCUGCAUAUGUAUUCUCGCUUUCAUAAAUUGCUGGGACGUCAAAUGGGCGACGAGAGUGCAGGACAUCUUUACGUAUGCGAAAUUACUCGCGCUUUUCGUAAUAAUCUUCACCGGAGCGUAUCAGCUUUUCACUGGACACACGCAGUAUUUCACGUUUGACAACAGCAACACGGAAGUCACGUCCAUAGCCCUCAGUUUUUAUUCAGGCCUGUUCGCUUACAACGGCUGGAACUACUUGAAUUUCAUAAUUGAAGAACUGAAGGAUCCCGUUAGGAAUCUACCGUUGGCCAUCGGCAUUUCGUGCACUCUCGUUACGAUCGUCUACGUCUUCACGAACAUGGCCUUCUACACGACUCUCAGCCCCGUCGAAGUGCUCGGUAGCGAAGCUGUGGCGGUGACGUACGCAAACCGACUGUUCGGCGUUAUGGCGUGGACGAUACCGGUUUUCGUGGCUUUAUCUACUUUCGGCGCGGUUAACGGCAUUUUACUUACAUCCUCGCGACUUUUCUACGCGGGUGCCUGCGAGGGUCAGAUGCCGGAAAUACUGACGAUGAUCCAAAUCAACAGGCUGACACCCGCACCCGCCGUAAUUUGCAUGGCCCUGCUGUCCAUGUUGUACCUGUGCUCUUCCAACAUUUUCAUGCUCAUCAAUUACGUCGGCUUCGCUACUUGGCUCAGCAUAGGCGUCUCCGUGCUGUGUCUUCCGUGGCUCAGGUGGAGCCAGCCGAAUUUGCUGAGGCCAAUCAAGGUGAAUCUCAUCUUUCCGGUCUUUUACAUCCUGGCCACUCUCUUCGUUACGAUUGUUCCAAUGUAUGCGAGUCCUGUUGAAACCGGAUACGGCUGUCUGAUGAUACUCACCUCUGUACCCGUCUACCUCGUAUUUAUCGCGUGGAAGAACAAGCCAAAAUUCUUCCAAAGGGCUGUCGUAAGCACGACGAGGAAGCUGCAGAGGAUAAUGCUGGUGGUCGGCAAAGCGAAACCCGCUCAGGUGUAAACAGUCAAGACGAUCCGGAUCGAGAUCGAAACAACGAAGACGAGGCUUUUCCGGUACCGGAAGUCGCGAAGGAUUUUCGUCGAUCUUCAAAUUGUAGUGGAUGACGACUGUCUCCUUCUUCUUUCGAGAAAGAAUACGAAUGGAAGCGAGAUCGGUUGACACAUCGGUUCUACAGAUCGACCGUAUUAUUCCCUCGACUCUUCCGGAUUGAAAAAAGAGCGUCCUAGAACAAGAGGCAGCCAUAUUGUGUCAGGACGCUGAAAGAAAAAUAGGACGAAACGGCUCGUCUUCCAUAUUCGGAUCUCGUCCUUGGCGAAUCCCCAUCAGGACCUGCCUGUCCAAUUAUGAAAUUUCAAAGCAAGGUUGUUGUCUCUCGUUCGAUUCCUCGGCGAAAGGCUGUACGUAACUAAUGACAUAACUGCACGCUUUUAAAUUAAUUAAUUUGAGUUAGCGUCGAAGCUUUCGCAAAGAUAAUUUAAAUAUAACCGAUAUAGCCAUUUUGUAUUAGUGCUGUCAAUAUGCAAUGUCUUUCUUUUUCUAUGCAACAAAUAUCUAAUAUUAUUAAUAUCUGAAUAAUUGUAAAUCUUCAAUUGCUCGGGUACGGAAGAGAAUUGUUAUAAAGAAGUUUACAAAACAAACCGAAUGUUGGGUAUUUCCAAAGAUUAUUGAGAUUAUCUGCAUAAAUACAAUUGAUACGUUUGAUUACUCGAUGCAAAUACUGAUAACGCUGUUAUGAUGUAUUACGAGGAACUUUUUAAAAUGUUAAUUAUAUCAUGUUUAUAAAUUCGACAUAUUCCGGCAUAUCGAGAUACCAUUUAUCGCCGUCGCGACAUGAAAAGGACUUUCAUCACGAUAAACUUUCAUUUAUUCAUUCUGCGAAAAUUAAGAAUAAGAAAACGCGGCGCGUUAUAAAAAUUUUACGAACCAAAUUUGAAUUCUAAAUGUCUUAAUUCUAAUCAUAUAUAUUCUAUAAUUUAAGGAACUAGUUUUAAAUUGAUCUUAAAUGAAGAAAUUCAUGUACGCGUGCGAAUUACAUUGAUCAUGCAAGCCUUCUUCCUCAAGUUAGAUUAAUUAUUAAGCGAGUACCUACAGGAGUGCUCGAUAAAUUAUUAUACGCGAUUCUAAUGUGUACUAUGAAUCAAAAUCGCGUCAAAGAUAUGUGUGUACUUCUAAAUAGCCUACAAGCAAUACACGUAUCGUAUUCGAAAUGGAGGAGAGAAAUAAUAUUGCGACCGUAGGUGUCGUCACGAUUAAUCGAGUUUUUUAAUUCAUUGAUUGAUCAAUCGCAUUAUGCAUCAAUUACAAAGUUGCAUUAGUGUAUAAUACAAUCAAUGAAUUAAAAAAUUUGUUAUAUCUUUCUCUAUGCGAUCAAAUGCGCUAGAAUUGCGCUAGAGGAGUUGAAUUAGAAAAUCCGACCGGUGUGCCAGAAAGAUUGAGAUAACGAUCAAAGUGUCAUUGUAAUUAAUUAAGCAUCUUAAGCUGUUAAUCUUACAAUUAGUCGUAGCGUUCGUUCGAUAGGCGAUGUUUGCUGUAUGUGUAUCGUGAUCCUCGUUGCCUCGUUAUUUCAACACUGUUAUGUAUCAUAUAGUUUUGGCACUCGGACGUAUUUGUAAUUGAACUCUAAACGAGAAAUCGUCCGUACAUACUGACAAACAUUCCAUACACUUACAGUGCCGCUUCUUUUCGUUUCCACACGCAUCCGUUUCGUUUUAGAUUAAAACUAGGGAUGCAAAUAUCCGGAAACGAUAUCAUUUCCAUAUACACAUUCCUAUAAAGAUGCUAUUUUUAAUAUAUCCGUGAAAACUUUUCUUUUUUGCAGAGAUAGCGUGACGUUUUCAAUUACUGAAACGUGCCGCAAACUCGCUGUAAGAAAAAAGACUUUAGAAAAUUAUUAAAGAGGGAAUAACGAAGAACUGUGAUUAAAUGUAAAUGCUAACAUGUAUAUUUUUAUGGUUUCAUUGAAAACGUUAUAAUGAGAAUAUCCGCAAAAUAUAACUAUAGAGAUUUUUGUAGUGCUAUGUUAAGAGAAUUUUAUGAAAAAGUCGAUUGAAUACCUUAUGAAAGUGUUAUAUUUUAUGAGCGAUUUCAAGCAACACAUCCGCUGCAAAAUUAUCUCCGCCUCUUAUAGAGAGAAUAUUUUGAUAUAUCGUUAAAAUAUCUUGCAUCCCUAAUAGAGAUCUAUAUACACGUGUGUGCCGAGAUUUAACCCUUCGUUAACGAAUCUUUGACGCCUUAUCUUUCCUUUUAUCAUUAAAUUAAUUCCUACACAGAAAAUAUUUUGUAUUUAUGUUAAUUCUUUAUCGAUCUGAGUCGUUUGAGAUACAGAUAAUUUUUCUUUUUUAUCAAUUCUGCCUUAAAUUUGGGCAUUUACAAAAAAAGUAAACAAUUUAAUAUUCAACAUUUCUUAGUAAUAAAAUAAUAUAUUUAAUAUUAAUUACUUACAAUUCAUUGCGUUUAAAAUGAAGAAACGAGGGGUUAAAAAUGCAUUUGUUACACGCUGGAACUCGACUAUCAACGCCGCAUAAUAUUUAUAUUUUACUGCCAUUGGUGAUAAAAUGCGUGUAUGUAUGUGUAUGUUUUCGUGCGAUUCAGACAAAAUGGGAGCAGUAAAGAACAGCAGCUUUUCGGAGACGUUCCACUUGCGUUUAAUGCGUGCUAAGGAGAAAUAGUGAUGUUUGCAGGCAAUUUAGAGGAUGGAAAGAUAAGCUUCACAAUUGAAAAUAUGGUAAUUUUUAGGAAAGUUUGUAAGUUUAUGCGCUUUUGAAAAAUUUUCAAAAAACAUUAAUAAUAAAACAAGUAAAAGUAAAGUUUAUUUUUUUAAUUUAACGAUUUACUUUUAUAAUAAAUUUAAUAUAAUACAUAUUCUUUUAUUCUUUUGAUAAAUUAUUGUUAUUAUCGCAUGAACUUACAGACGUACGAAAUUAUAAUUAACAAGAAAUAUGGUUAUUAAAGUUUUAAAAUCUUCAUACCUGACAUUAGUCGAGAAAAGAAAGAAAGGAAAGUUUCGCCCGUCAUCGAUUGUACAGAAAUGCAUUUCUGUUGACAGGAUUAAACAGUGUGCACGUCGUUCGAUCUUUGGGCGCGUCUGUGCCUCUCAAGAUGUGAUUAUACUUAAGUCUCAAUUUUUUUGUAUACGAAUAUGUAACAACGUUUAAGAUGCUCGGAACAAUGGAUAAAAUUUCGGUUUCGACUUUAUUCUAGAAGUGGGCCAUUCCCUUAUAGUCUUAAUUAUUCCGGCAGAACGUCUUUUUUAUUCGAUACAACAGUUAGCGAUAUUGUUAUUGUAUAUUUUGCACCAUUAGAACUUCGUCUCUAAGAGAACGGAAGAUAGUCCUGGAAAUACAUCGUUGCACAUAUCCGUAGCAGAGUUGUUCUAGGACCAAAAAGCGUGUUUUUUACAGAAUAUUCAUGAAACGAGAUCUCGCCUAAUUGAAGGAUCAUCCUAGCUUUCUACAUAUAGUUUUAGUUGUCGUAUUUAAAGAGGCAGCUCGGCGAUUCGUCCUCCUAAAAAUUAGAUAUUUAAAUUAGAAUGCGUAGUUGUGACAUAGCGUAAAAUACAGUUAUUACUGUCGCGAAUUUUCUUGGCACGCAAGACAAUAACUUUCUUUUGCGAAAUUGAAGACGCAAGCGUGUCUUCAUUAAUCGAAAAGCGGAUCGUCGACACUGCUCUCUCGCUCGAAAUAAUAAUUUCAUUGUUCUUCGUCACAUUUUAUUAUAUUUUUACGAAGCAUGUUUCGAGAAUCAUAAAUAUUCAUCAACGCUCUUCAGGAUGCCUGCAGGCGCGGAAUUUACGUAAUGUAAAAUAGCGAAACUACCGGAUUUUAUAAUUACUUUUUAAAUAAACGUCCUCGAUUAUGCCAAAUAUUUAAAAUUCCGUGCCAUUUCUAGCCAUUAAAUGUAUAUUUGCUAAGUCUUUGAAUUAACGUUUACGAACAUCAUUAAUAACAUUUUACGAAAAAGUAAGGUACGCGCUUAACAAAACUUUAAAUAUCAUUAAAUUCAUGACAUCAAUUUUGAUAGAAAAUAUUUAAUAUAAUAAUAAACAGGUGCCAGCAGGCAUUCUGACUCGUGACAAUAAUGCAUCAAUGGAUUGGUCGAUGAUAAAAUUAGGUGAGAAAGAGAGCGAAAGAGAGAAAACGGCGAGGAAGAAUUUAUUAUUAAUAUGUGAGUGCAUCUUUUAUAUUAAUUUUUGUGUUGAAACCCGUAAAACAAGUGCAUUCGAGUCGAUUUUGAGAGAUUGACUUAUCGAUUAACUUAUCGAAUUUGAAGCAUCAUUAUCUCGCGUUACAGAUUAACAAUCAUGCGAAUUAAGAACUGUAGCUUAGGAUCUGAGCACGUAAAGAAAUGGAACAGAGAGAAAAAAAUAUAUAUAUGUAUAAAGAGCGAAAUGUGACAAUAUACUAUAUUGUGUAAUUA